UAAUAACCACAGCUAAUACACAUGCUAAAGUUAUCCUUCUGAUCCUUUGAAUUAAAUCAUAAACAGCCACUUGCCAAGAUAUUUCAUGGCCGUCAAUUUUAGUUGACUGUAAUUAACAUUUUCAGUUUACAACACGGUGGUUCACCGAUUACUACGUAUAGCCACGUGUGAAAUGGUUGCCUCUCAAAUUUGUAUAGAUGAGUAUCCUUCGUGUUGAAUAAUUUGUUGUGCUUUUAGACUUCAGAAUAACCAUGAGUAAUGAAGAUUUGUGUUCCAAAUUGCCCAAGGAAAUUCAACAAAUAACUGGCGUUAAGGAAUUGCAAUCAGAUAAUGAAUUUAUUAAAGAAAUGGUAACUGCAUCUUUACCACAAUCCAAACAUUCUACAGUGGAUAGUGAACUGAAAAGGAAAUUUAUACUUCUAAAAUUCAGGACUGCAGAUAAAAAAAACAGUCAGUUUAAGAAGAAGAAAUUGUUGUCAUUGAAACAGAGGCGUGAACUUGGGCUCUAUAAGAUAAACAGGAAGGGAAUGAAAUAUAAGGAUUUCCAAGAACUUCAUCACAUCUGGAAAGAAUACAUGAGAAGCUGCUUGAAUUUGGAAGAGCUGAAAAAGAGAGGAUUUACAGGUGAGCCUGGAAGUAAAUAUUGGAACCACUUCUCUCAGCUACUUCUUAAAGCUGACUACCAUGGAGCACAUCUGAAGGUUGUUCGAUCUACUUGUAGCAGUCUUGUGGGUCAGUCUGGAAUAGUAGUAUUUGAUACAAAAAACACUUUCAAGAUUAUUGGUACAGACAAUAUUGUGAGGACCAUUCCAAAACAGCCCAGUGUAUUUACCAUGGUUCUGGAUGACUAUACGUACACCCUACAUGGAAAGUACUUUUGUAUCCGGCCACAAGACAGGAGUGUGAAGAAGAUAAAGACUUUUAUGAUAGCAGAUUUGUGAAGUCAGAAAAUGUAAAUCUGUUUUGAACAAUAAAAUCCUGUACAACGUU